ACUUGCAAUUUGACAUUUCUUUCGUCGUAAAAUCUGCCACUCGCUUUACGCGAGGUAAAAAUUAUAAUUUUAUUGCGUUAUCCAAAAGUGCACUAAAAUGACUUCUGUUUCAAGGGCUGGGCACUUGGCCCCAUAUUUCAAGGCAUCUACUACAGUGGUUGGUAAUGGUUUAAAGCCAGCUGUAGUGGUCCCAACACCAGUCGACAAAUUGGUAGCCCAACCUCUGGCUAAAACUUCCACUGUGCAGUCUCUGUAUGGGCCUAUCCAAGGUCUAAAGCACAGGUCUAAGAGCGCAACUACUCUGCAGCCAGUUCGUUUUGCGCACACCGAUAUUUCCUACCCCGAUUUCUCGGCGUAUCGCCGGAAGGAAACUCUAGACCCUACAUCUAAAAGCAGCGAGAGCAUUGAUCAGCGCCAGUCAUUCACAUACCUUAUUGCUGGAGCUGGAGGAGUAGCUGGUGCAUAUGCUGCCAAAUCCAUUGUCACCCAGUUUGUGUCGUCCAUGUCAGCCGCUGCUGAUGUUUUGGCCUUAGCUACAAUCGAAAUCAAACUUGCUGAAAUUCCUGAGGGCAAGUCUAUGACCUUCAAGUGGAGAGGCAAACCUCUGUUCAUUCGUCACAGGACCGACAAGGAAGUCUCAACAGAAAAGGCUGUCCCACUAGAGGCUCUCCGCGACCCGGAGGCCGACGACCAGCGCACUAAGGACCCCAAGUGGCUCGUGGUCAUCGGAGUGUGCACCCACUUGGGUUGUGUACCCCUCGCUAAUGCAGGUGACUUCGGUGGAUACUAUUGCCCCUGCCACGGAUCCCACUACGACGCCUCCGGACGAAUCCGCAAGGGCCCCGCCCCCCUUAACCUUGAAGUACCCCCCCACAGCUUCGGCGACGGCGUCCUAAUUGUAGGUUAAAACGAACGUAUUUAUUAACACUGGUAACACUAAUUCCAAACGUCAAAUCAACUAACGUCGGGCAUUAGUGUUGCCAGAUUAGAAAAUUUAUUUAUCGUUAAGGAUAACCAUCCUAUUGUUCAUCAAUAGAAACAAUAAAUGUGAUUUAAAUUAG